AUGAGCAUCAUUGUCUGGAACUGCCGCGGGCUUGGGAACCCGCGGACAGGAACAAAGCUUGAAGUAGUGAUUCGAGCAAAAGACCCCUCCAUCCUAGGUGGAGGUCUAGCACUCUUUUGGCGAAACUCAGUAGACUUGCAUGUCGAUUAUUGCUCGCCAAAUCAUAUAGAUUCCAUCAUCAACAAAGGGAAGGAGGAAGCAUGGCGUUUCACAGGCUUUUAUGGUGAACCAGUGACGCAUAAACGGAUUGAUUCGUGGAACAAGCUUCGACAACUUCACAGAAAGUAUAAUAUCCCUUGGCUGUGCGCCGGGGAUUUCAAUGAGAUCAUGAGAAGCUCUGAAAAAUUGGGAGGAAGCAGCAGGAACCAAUCACAGAUGCAACUAUUUCGAGAUGUAGCAGAUGAGUGUGGCUUUAUUGACCUUGGUUUUUCAGGGCCUUGGUACACAUGGCAAAAACAUUUUUCAGCAGGUCAUUCAUUAUGGGAAAGACUUGAUCGGGCCUUGGCUACUAACGAUUGGCUUUUAAGAUUUGCAGAAGUUGUAGAAGCCAGUUGGGAAGAAAGGGGAGUGGAUGAUCCAGCAACAAAAGUCAUUAGAAAAAUUGAAAGGUGUGGCCGAGAACUAAAAAGAUGGGAAAGGGACCACUUCGGCAACAUUAGAAAUACCUUGAAGAAAAAGAGGAAAGAGCUGACUGAAGCUAAGAAGGAGGCGAUGUGCACUGGACAAAACUUCAAAAUUCAGAGAUUAAAGCAUGAGAUUACAGAAUUGAUGGACAAGGAAAAUAGGCUAUGGCUCCAAAGAUCAAAGGUGCUAUGGGCUACUCAGAGUGACCGAAACUCAAAGUAUUUUUACAGCCGGGCUACCCAACGAAGGCGGAAAAAUACCAUCCAGAAGCUUCGGUCCACUAAUGGGCAAUGGAGUUCAAGCAAUGAUGAGGUAACCGAGAUACUCAUUGGCUAUUUCCAAGACUUAUACACAUCUGCAAAUCAGGUUUCAUGUGAUGCAGCCACAGAGUCUAUUGAGAAGGUGAUCAAUUCAAACUUGAACAAUCAGUUGGCGCAAGAAUUUACUACAUGGGAAGUUCAGAAAGCAAUUAAAGAAAUGGCACCUCUCAAAGCCCCUGGCCCAGACGGAAUGCCUCCUUUGUUUUACCAACACUACUGGGGUACAAUUGGUAAUGACGUUACUCAAUCUGUAUUACAUUUUCUUAAUUCUGCUUGCCUUCCUGAUAAUCUCAACCACACUUUUAUUACACUCAUCCCAAAAAUUAACUCCCCUGAAUAUGCUUCUGAUUUUAGACCCAUCAGCCUUUGUAAUGUUUUAUACAAAAUAUUUUCAAAGGUAUUGGCAAAUAGAAUAAAGAAAAUUCUCCCAAUGAUCAUCUCUGAGCAUCAAAGUGCUUUUACAAAAAGCAGAUUAAUUUCUGAUAAUAUUCUAGUUGCUUUUGAAUCUCUCCAUAGUAUGCAGAAGCAUGUGGGCAAGGAAGACUAUAUGGCUAUCAAAUUAGACAUGAGCAAAGCAUUUGACAAGGUGGAAUGGUCGUACCUUGAAUCAGUCAUGAGAAGAGUGGGAUUUACUGAAAGAUGGAUUAAACUUAUGAUGCUUUGUGUCAAGACGGUCUCUUAUUCCAUCUUGGUGAGUGGAGAGCCAAAAGGGAUGAUAAAACCUACUCGUGGUAUCCGUCAAGGAGAUCCACUGUCACCAUUCCUUUUUUUGCUAUGCACGGAAGGCUUAAACGACCUCAUCACUAAGGCGGAGGAGAAAGGUGAUAUUAAGGGUUAUGCCCUAUGCAGAAAUAGCCCAAGACUAACCCAUCUCUUUUUUGCAGAUGAUAGUCUGUUAUUUUGUAGGGCAACAAUCCAGGAAUGCCAACAAGUUCUGGAUAUACUUGAACUUUAUGGAAGAUGUUCGGGUCAACAAAUCAAUAAAGCAAAAACUACCAUCUUUUUCAGCAGGUCCACAUCCGAGGAAGUCAAAAAUCAGAUCAAAUCUGCCUUGGAAGUACCAGAAAUCCUACAAUACGAGAAGUAUUUGGGAUUACCAUCUUUGGUGGGAAAAAACAAAAAGGCUAGCUUCAACUACAUUAAGGAGAGAGUAUGGAAAAAACUUCAAGGGUGGAAAGAAAAGCUUUUGUCUCAAGCGGGAAGAGAGAUCCUUAUCAAGGCUGUGGUUCAAGCAAUACCAACCUACACAAUGAGUUGCUUCAAGCUUCCUUUAGGACUUUGUGGAGAUAUUGAGAGUCUCAUAAGAAAGUUUUGGUGGGGCCAAAAAGGUGACAGAAGAAAAGUUCAUUGGGUCAAGUGGGUCACCCUUUGCAAACCAAAAUUGGAAGGGGGUAUGGGUUUCAAAGACUUGGCAAACUUCAAUGAUGCCCUUUUAGCAAAACAAGCAUGGCGAUUACUUCACCAAAAAAACUCUCUUCUUUAUAGGGUUUUUAAGGCAAGGUUUUUUCCAAAUUGCUCUAUCCUAGAAGCUUCCUACUCAAGUUCGGGGUCUUAUGCUUGGCAUAGCAUACUAAAAGGAAGGGAUUUAUUAUUGAAGGGAGCAAGGUGGAGAGUGGGAUGUGGAGAUGCUAUUAGUGUGUGGAACGAUGCUUGGUUGCCUUCUAAAACCCAUCCGAGAAUUGAAUCACAAGUGGUAAGUGGUUUUGAGGAGAUGAAAGUCUCUGCACUCAUAGAUCCAAUCACAAAGAAAUGGGAUCAUAAUAUGUUGAAUGGACUCUUCACCCCAUUGGAAACAGAAUUGAUUUUAAGUAUUCCAUUGUGUCAAAAUACGGUGGAGGAUACAGUUGUGUGGCCGUUCACUCCAUCAGGAACUUAUACAGUAAGAUCGGGUACAAGGUUCCUCACAGCAGACCAUGCACCAAUCCCACAAGACGUUCCUGUACAGCCAGAUAAGGAAGUAUGGAAAUUAAUCUGGAGUCUCAAUGUGCAAAACAAAGUCCGAAACUUCCUUUGGAGGACCUGCCAUAAUGCUUUACCGGUGAAACAAAAUCUGAAGCGAAGGCAUAUCAUAAACGAAGAUGUCUGCGAACUGUGCAAACAAGAGACCGAAUCGGUUUUCCAUGCACUCUGGAGCUGCACACAACUUACACAGGUGUGGGGUUCUUUAUCAACCUUUUCGUUCAGGCAGAUAAAGGUGUUUUCUUCCAUACAAGAAGUGCUUCUGUACACGGACAAAGAAAAGAAAAAUCCAGAACUGUUGGCAUCAGUAAUGUGGACUAUUUGGCAUCGCAGAAACCAGGUCCGCACCUCUCCAAAGGACUUUCCACUAGCACAGGUCGCCCCAACAGCUACUCAAGCUUUGGAAGUCUUUCAACAAGCUAACUUAGAUGCAGCCGCACUCUAUAGAGACCCUCAUCGUUCGCGGGAUUGUUGGUCACCACCGGCAGAUGGAGAGAUCAAAAUUAAUUUUGAUGGAGCCCAAUUCAGAGAUAUGGGCAAAGCGGGAUUGGGUGUUGUUAUCCGAAACAGCAGAGGACAAGCUCUGGCUUCUCUCUCGGAGCAAGCAAACCUUCCAUACUCUUCAGACAUUACAGAAGCUUUGGCUGCUGCCAGAGCUAUUUCUUUUGCACGGGGACUCGGCUUCACUUCAUUCAUUUUAGAGGGAGACUCCGCAAAUAUUAUUAAAACACUAAAGUCUGAAGAAGCAUCUCUAUCCUCCUUUGGACAUAUUCUUAGUUCAGCAAAAUCCAUGAUGGCAGAUGGCAAUAUUAGAUUCUCUCAUGUGGGUCGUAUGGGUAAUAUGGUAGCACAUAAACUAGCUCAACAUGCUAGACAUGUUAGGGGAUUUUUGGUAUGGACGGAAAAUGUCCCUCCACACCUUUCUCAUGUACUUGGUGCCGAUCACGGCUGA